AUGAAGGCCAUUUUCUUCCUCCUGUCUGUAGCCCUGUGCCUCAUCCUAUUGUCCCAACCAACAAUUGCCGAAGACAACAUCAGCCAGCUAAUAGCCAAGGUUUGCAAACAAUCCGGUAACUGCACAUUUAGCCUUAAAUCGAACCCCACUGAAAGCCAGCGAGCAGACUUCAUGGGAGUUGCUCUGAUCGCGAUUAGGCUUGCAUCGGACAAUGCUGUGGACACAUCUUCUUACAUCAAGAGCUUGCUUAACGACACAGUUGAUAUGGAUCCUUCCAUUGAGCAAGGACUUUUUGAUUGCUCGGAUCAAUACCUAGAUGCGAUCGAGCAGCUGAGUAACUCGAUGGCUGCCUUGGUAGACAAUGAUUACAAGGAUUUGUACGUAUGGAUUAAUACAGCAAUGAGUGAUGCAAAGUCUUGUGAGGAAGGUUUCAAGGAUGUUAAGGAUCAUCCGUCUGUGCUAACUGAUAGGAAUAACCAGUUUAGCCAAUUGUGCAAAGAUGCCUUGGCUAUAGCCAAACCUUUGGUGACAAACUGA